AUGGCAGAAGUCUACAACACUGACAACACCGAGUGCUGGGUGUUCUGGAAGCUUUCCCUGUUCUUAUUCCUGGUGGCUGUGCUGGAGAAGGGGGAGGAAGCCCAGAAGAACUGGCCCAUGGGCACCACCCUUGCCUAUAAAGACAGUGGCAGCAACAACUCAGAGAGAUGGCUGAACCAGAGCCAGGUGGUGCUGGCCUCCAGCCAGGAGGCCCUGGUGGUCACCGAGUGCAAGUACCUCAGGAGUGACUGGUGCAAGACAUAGCCGAGGUGGCAGAUGGAGAAAGAGGAGUACUGCCACAGCCACAUGGUGCUCAGCUUCUGCUAUCUCCAGUGCAAUUCCUUCUACAUCCCAUGGCCCAUGCACAGUCAGGAGAACUCCGUCCAGUUCUGCACCUUAUGCAAGUCCCAGUGCGUCACCUCCAUCCUCGUGGAGCCCCAGUCUCAGGUGGACCUGCCCUUCUGCCUCAUAAAGAUCCAGAAGGAGUAGUACCAUUGCAUGCCCGUGAACCUGAGCGAUGCUGACAAGCAGUGA